AUGCUCCGGUGGGCCGUGGACAUCACCUCCUGGGACGCCCACCCUCUGGAGCUGCAGUUCCUCCUCGACCUCCUCCCCCCCGCCGAGCGCGCCGACUGCACAUCCUUCCGCUUCGAGGCCGACCGGAAGCGCGCGGUCGUGAGCCGGCUGCUGCAGCGGGCCGCCGCCGCCACCGCCCUGGGCCUGCUGUUCAGCGAGGUCGAGAUCCGACGCACCAAGGGCCGGAAGCCGUUCGUGGCCAACCCGCCCCCCCGCAGGCCCCACGCGCCCAACUUCAACUUCAACGUGUCGCACGAGGGGAACUUUGUGGUGCUGGCAUCUGAGCCGGUCUGCCUGUGUGGUGUGGACGUGGCUGCGCCACGGCAAUUGCAAACGUCAUGCGCAACCCCAAUAAAGGAGCACCUGAAUUCCUUCAGGAACCAACUGACUUCCUUUGAGGCUCUUUCAAAGGCCCGUGGCGAUGGACUUGAAUUCCAGUUCGACAAGGCUGAGUUCCAUUUUCCAGCUCAAAAUGAAGCCACUGUGAUUCUUCAUGGAAAACCUCAGCCAAGGUGGCGCUUCUUCCUGCAGAGCUUGGCUGGAGGGCAUUGGGUGUCUGUUGCAAGGGCACCACCCGAAGCCAUCAUCGACGCCUUUGGGGAAUUCAGGGCGACAUUUCAGCAGCCCGUCUUGAGCGAUGAAGAAAUGGAGAGACACUUGAACAUUCCGAAUCCCCCGUUCGUGAUGAAGCAAGUGCAGGACCUCUUGCCAGAGGAUGUGCGAUUCGACUAUGAAGCGACCUGGGCGUAG